AUGGCGAUAAUUGAGCCUGAGAUGAUUAAUCGAAAUAUAAGAAGUGAUCAUUCUGAGUCAAGUCAUUUCUCAAAUUCCAAAGAAACUUACAAUGGUACUGUACGUGUUGCUGCGUCGUAUGAUAUGGGUUACAGUACAAAAAGAAGUGGAAGAACAUACGAUAGUAUGAAUGGAUAUACAGCAUUCUUGGGUAGAGAAACUGGUAAAGCCAUAGAUUAUUUAACAACAAAUCGUGGUUGUAGAAUGUGUGCCCUAGGUCAUCCCAAAUCAGACCACGAUUGUAGGCUAAACUCCGUUGGAAGUGCAAAAGCUAUGGAACCUUUUGCUGCUGCAAGUAUGACUUCCAGUAGUAAAAUUUUUAAAGAGCAUAAUAUUGAAGUUGGAAUUUUAAUUGGAGAUGACGACAGCUCAACAAUUGCUGCUGUCCGAAAUACCAAAGAAGUAGCUGAUGCUUUAAGAAAUAUUCCUGACCAUGCCUUUAACAACCAUAAUAAUUGUGGCCAUUGGUGUAGAUAUGUGAAGAAUCCUUUAACUUAUGACCAUAAAGUUAUUAAAGGAGGUUUCCAGAGCCCUGAUUUAUAUAAAGAUUUAAAACAUUUAUUCGGGAAAUUAGCAGAUAACGCGGAUCGGUUUGCUGCUGGUGCAUCUAGCCAAGCAAACGAAAGUCUGAAUGCUACUAUGACAAGCCAUUACCCUAAGUCUCGAUGCUACUCUCAGACGGCUUCUGGAGAUUUUCGGUUUGCCUGCGCUAUUGGUGAGAAAAAUCUCGGAGAAAGAUACCUUCAAGAAGCUGCAACGCAAAUACUUUUAUCUCCUGGCUUUCACACAACUAAAUACGUGGACAGAAAAGAAAAAGAAGCAAAAAGACGAUAUUUAAGAACAAAACGUCCAGAGUUUAAAAAAAGGCGUUUGUUUUUAAAAGAACAGCGUACUAAUCUGCGCAAGAAGAAAGAAGAUAUGGAAGGUAUCCAGUAUGAAUCUAAUAUGGGAUUACUUUCAACAAAUGUUGCCCACGACUGUAUUCUUAUUACAGAGGGUAUAAAUGAAGAGAUCAAUGAAGCUGAUGAUAAUGGAACACAAGUUUCAGAACCUAUUGCAGUAUUUUUCGAUUUGGAAACAUCAAGCUUUUCAAAACAAUCUGAUAUUCUUCAAAUUGCGGCUCAAUACAAUAAAUCCAAAUUUUCAGUUUAUGUCAACCCUACUCAAAAAAUUGCUGCACAAGCAUCUGAGGCAAAUGGUUUAACAAAUGUUAGAGGUGAAUUGAUGCUCAAUGGUACUAGAGUACCAUCAAUUCCACUGAGAUUAGCUUUGGAUGCUUUUCGUAACUUUCUGACGAAACUGAAGCAUCCGGUGGUUUUAGUUGCUCACAACUGCAAAUUUGAUGCUCCUAUUCUUAUUAAUUCUGUUAAAAAAAUGACUAUGACGGAUGACUUUGGGUCUGUGGUUGUAGGUUUUGCAGAUACACUGCCUCUUAUUAAAUCAGUAACAAAUCGUAAAGGAAAAGGAGAGUGUACUCUAACAGGUCUGGCUUCAUGGCUACAAAUUUCUGCGGAUGGUGCGCAUAAUGCUGUAUACGAUGUUUUAAUGCUGGUGCAAAUUAUUGAGAAUCUUCAAAUCACAUCAAAGCAAUUAAUGGAUCGCAGUAUAACUUGGAGUGAUACAAUUGCGAGUAUUCGUAAUGCCGAAAAAUCAGCUACACUGUUAAAAACACUCGACAAAUUAGGAACUUGCAUAUCUACUGGCAUGAAAAAAAAAAUUGCUGAUGCUGAUAUUACCUAUGAAGAUUUAAUCAACACUUUUCGUGAUGAUGGGGAUGCAGGAAUAAAGAAAUUAUUAGGAAAAGAUGAAAAUGACAAAGUUCGUGUUACUAAAACUAAAACAAUUAUUGAAAAUUUGUUAAAUCAUUUAAGAACCAAAGGUUUAUAA